AUGGCUUCAAUUUCUCUGCCCCCGCAGUCUCGAUCGGCCUUCUCUCAGCACUUCGAUUCACCUCCCUCCAACACCGAGUCCAGUCGUCGCCUCACAAUGCCUCCAAUGCCUAAUCCACCGUUCGUCUUUCCGGCUCAGGCCUCGGACGCUCCGGUCUCUUCGCAGGACUCCGAGCGCCAAACGCCGCCGGCUCUGCCAGCGUUCUCAUUCAACCCCGGAUCGGAGUCUACUUUACAGCCAGCACAUGUACCAUACCGGCCGAAUGGGCACCGACGACGACCAAGUGAGUUUGUUGGGGAUAAUCAGUUGGUUACACCGGGUUUAGUGGAUGCCGACAAACGGGAAGAGCCGUCCGCGCAAACACAGCCGAGCCUUCCAGCACCCGGUCCGCCACGAGGCCCAGGACGACGCGGCCAUGCCCAUCGCCGCUCUCAAGCGGUGUCAGGAGUCGACCUGAUGGCCAUUCAAAAAGCACUUGCAACCCCAGGCGGUAGCGCACCAAAUACCCCUGGCGAUCCGUUAGAUAAGGGACAUGAAGAUAUUUCCAGGCCGCUUUCAUAUUCAGCUGGAAGUCUUGGACGCCCGACACCUCCUGCGUCGCCUCAGUUUCCGCCUUCUGAUAUCCCGCCAAUCCCACCCAUCCCGGCCGCCAUUCGGAUCGAACCGGCCCCGAGUCACGAAGAUUUGACUGUCGCACGCCCUGUCUCUGCAGUCUUCCACCAAACCCCGGAGAUUCCUGCGACGAUUAAGCAUACACCGCCGGAGAUCCCAACACCUCCAGCAGAAAGGCGGACACCGAAUCGCAACUCGAAGCCACGGCCGAAAACUGCCGAUGCGUCUUUAGCCUUUGAUUUCAUGCAAGCCCAAAAUGUGCCGGAUGUGCCUAGCGUGAAACGCUCUAAAUCGACUGGGCAUCCUCGUAAAGACAAGAGCCGGUCAACACAUCUCAAUGCAACUGUUCCGAAUCACGCCAGUGAUGACGCUCAUUCGACUGACACAUCCCGACCUUCAUACUCUGACGAUGGAUCCGAAUCUUCCAGCGACAACGACAACCACGAUGACUCCUCUCCCAAGAAAUCGAAAUCUAAGAAAAAGCAGAAGGGUGUUCGCUCAUGGGCUGGCGCCAUUUUGGGCAAAGGCAAGCGACAUGGGAAGCAUGAGACUGAAAUCGAGGCCUCGCCUGAGAAGGAGAAAGAGAAAGCCAAGGGCAAACAAAAGAAACCGCCUGCCUUGACGCCUCCUACCCUUACCCGCACUAAUUCUGCGGCCGGCUCCGUCAUGGAAGUCGAUUUCGAUAACGAUGAUGUUUUGAUCAUUCGGACUCCUACCAAUCCCGAAGGCCCUGUUCCACAGACCGAGCGGUCUCUGGAUGAGCGCCCUGCGCCUUCCCUAGAGACAGCGUGGAAGCCGAGAAGCUUCUACGAACAAACGGCACAGGAUGAAAUGAUCAGCAGCCCAAUUAUUGAUCUUGAUGCUGCCCUAGGUCCAUUCAAUACUCCUGACAUGCGGCAAACUCAGAGAAACCUGAGCCAGUUUUCUGUGGCAACACAGCGCAUGUACAGCGGUGGCCGACGAGGCGAAUUUGUUGGUCCUGAGAUGCGAUAUCAUCGUCGUACUGAAAGUGCUCCGGUGAUGCAGCCCUUUGACCGCAGCGCGCUAGGUCCUAUCCGCUUGGGUGGAAAAGGCGCCGAAACUCCAGAUGUUUUCUAUGAAGAGGAAGAAGAUGCAUUCCUGGCUGAGAACCAGUCGCCUAGGAAUGGACGAGAGCGCUCUAUUCCAGUUCCUGUUGCCGUGCCUCCAAAAUCUGCCGAAGAUGAUAAGAAGCCUGCCGAGUCUGUUAAGAGCACCGACAGCGCUGAUACCUUGACUCGGGCACCUGUAUCUAGCUCUCCUCAGCCCGAGCCUCAGUCCGAGCCUCAGACUGAGGGCCUUGGUAUUCAGGCUACUGAAGAACCUGUUAGCCCUAAGAAGGUUCUUGCUCCCGUUCAGCAAGAUACUCCUGAAUCUUUUGACAAUGCUGGCAGCCCAUUUGCCCGACAGGCCCGCACUCCCGUUGAGUCUCUUAGGUCAGAAGAGAUUGACCCGAAACAAAUAGCGCCUCCUAGUCCUGAUGUCUCUCCUGGCUUCCUGGCUGUUGACAAGCGACCAGCUACGUCUCCUAACCAGCUGCCACUCAACAUCCCGCCCUUCUCCUUGUCUGCUGGAGUCUCGCCUUCCGACUCGUCUUUCCCGUCUCCCGAUGUGCUACGCUUUACUGAUCGCAACUUUUCGAGCCAUUCCUACCACCACCUUCCGUCAGAGUACCCAUAUCCAUAUGGUUCCGCUGAGGAUGUCCCAUCCCUGACGAGUAGUGCAUCCACCACUACCAACACUCGGAACCGCUUCUCUGCCACAUUCUUCCCUCGCGGUCGUCUUUCGACGGAUCGCGCUGCAUCCUUCUCGGCCGCUGUUCACCGACGCAGCAGCCAAGCUAAUUCGUCCAAGAGGUCUAGUCUGGCCAGUUUGUCCAAGCUGGUCGGUGCUCCGCAAUCGGAACGAAGCAAACUCUACUACGAAGAAAAGCCUCCUGGCGAUGCAGCCGAUAAAUCCAAGAAGAAGAACCAUCGGAUCAGUCGACUGAUGCAUUUCUGGAAAGUGAAAGACAAAGAGAAGUCCGCACCUGAACCAACCAUUCCGGAGCGGCCGGUAUGA